AUGGAGUUUGAUACGGAACAAAAGGCAUACGAAUUUUAUAAUGCAUAUGGGGGUAGAGUUGGAUUUAGCAUCCGAAGGGAGUAUUUUAAUAAUAGCCUUAAAACUGGGAAACUUUCAACGAGGUUGUUUACUUGUUGCAAGGAGGGUGUUAGGAAGAAGGAUAGAAGGGACAAAUAUACAAAGACUCCGCGAGCUGAAACAAGAACUGGUUGCGGUGCACGAAUACAUAGUAAAUAUGAUGAAGCAAAGGGAAAGUACUUAGUUGAUAAUUUUGUAGAUAGUCACAACCAUCCCUUGAUAAUUGAUGAAUGCACCCACAUGAUGCCGUUGCAGAGAUGUAUUUCUAGCGUCCAGGCCAUUGAUGUAGACUUGGCUUCAGAUUCAAGUAUUGCAACUCAUAAUUUAUAUGAGUUAAUGGCAAGGCAAGCUGGUUGUAAAGAAUCAGUUGGAUACAUUAAGCUGGACCAACAAAAUUAUAUAAGGACCCGCAGACAGAAUGAGCUUCAAUAUGGUGAGGCAGCAUGGCUCACCAAUUAUUUUGUCACUCAUGCUUGUAAUGAUCCUUCAUUUUUCUAUGCCUUACAGUUGGAUGUUGAACAGAUGAUAACCAAUAUGUUCUGGGCAGAUCCUAAAAUGAUAACUGAUUAUGGCCAUUUUGGAGAUGUUGUAACUUUUGACACUACGUACAAACUUGUAUAUGGAAACCGUCCAUUUGCAUUGUUUUUGGGUGUUAAUCAACACCGGGAGACGACUGUAUUCGGGGCAGCCCUUAUGUAUGAUGAGACGGGAGAUUCUUUUGUGUGGUUAUUUGAUACUUUUUUGAAAGCGAUGUCCGGAAAGACACCAAAAACAAUUUUGACUAAUCAAGAUGCAGCAAUGGCAAAGGCUUUGAUGCAAGUCAUGCCUGGUACAAAACAUCCAUCUAUGUACGUGGCAUCUAAUGCAAAAUGCACAAAAGCAUGUUGGGUUCUUGUUUAA